CAAAAUAUAAGAAGCAAAACCACAGAACUUAUUUCAGAGUAUUUCAGCUCUUCCAAUGCAAGAAGUAAGAGGAAAUAAAAAUGGAAUGUGAGCAACCAACCUCCCUUGUGGAAGAAUAGGUGCUUGACAAAUGCAGUGAACUAUCUGGUCACUCUUUGAAUUUUAUUAUACCUGUGACGCUGAGUCACCUUGGCCUAUCAGGAAACAAAAAAGCUAUAAAACCCCCUCCAGUGAGCCAGUCCGUCACUUCCACAACCACCUGCAGAAGGACAAAAGAAACUUCCUGUCUUCCUGGAAACAAAAGAGAUGAUUCUGUCAGUGGUGUUCCUGUGUCUCGCAGCUGUGCUGCCUCCAUCCACUGGAAAGGAACCUGAAGUUAUUGGUACUCUGUCAACUAGCAAAGCAGACCAACAAAAUCUAAUUGUUGACAAGCAUAAUGCCCUCAGGAGAGGAGUAAAUCCGACUGCCAGCAACAUGAUGAAGAUGAAAUGGUCUCCUCAAGCUGCAAAGAACGCCCAGAUGUGGGUCAAUAAAUGUACUUUAAGUCACAGUCCUGCUAACAUGAGGAAAACCACUGUACAAUGUGGUGAAAACCUCUUCAUGUCAUCCGCCCCUUUUUCCUGGCCAGACGUUGUUCAGGCCUGGUAUGAUGAGGAGAAAGAUUUUGAAUACGGAAUUGGAGCAAAAACACCAGGUGCUGUGAUUGGCCAUUUCACUCAGGUGGUUUGGCACAGUUCUUAUGAAGUUGGAUGUGCUGUCGCUUUCUGUCCCAACAGCAGAUACAAAGUCUUCUAUGUUUGCCAGUACUGCCCCGCGGGAAAUAUAGUAGGUUCAAUUCCUACACCCUACAAAAAAGGAACCCCCUGCGGUGAUUGCCCCAGUGCUUGUGACAAUGGAUUAUGCACUAAGCUUUGAAAGCUUGAAGAUGUUUAUUCCAACUGCCUUGGCAAAGUCUCGUGAAUGUACCCACACCUUCAUCAAGUUUACUGCGCUGCUUCCAGCCAAUGAAAUAAAAUAACAGGUUCACUGUUCUCUUCCUUGGACAUCUGUCUCCUUAGUGACUUCUUUCACAAAAAAAACCAGUUUCCAUCCUGCCUCUCCUAAAUAUGCAGAAGGACUCUCUUCAGUUCAGUGACUCACAUGAGGGAAAAGCUCUAGGAGGAUGUAUUUACUCUGCUUGUAUAAUGGUCUAAAGUGGAGACCUUAACUGAGAUUUGGCAUCUAGGUACCAAAUAUGUUUAAUGGUUAGCUUCUCACAUCUUUAUUUUCCCAAAUUGUUAUCUAGCAUUGUUUAAAGCUUUACCAUUCCAUAGGUUCUUCGUAUAGGUGGAUAAUCAUUGGUCAUGCAACUGAUCAUAGCUCGACAAACAUUUUGAACUGUUCACAGGACCAGAAGACAAACAAGAUUACCUGAACUAUGUAGUUCCCUAAAAGAAUUAAGAGAGCAGAGCGGUGUCCACUAGAACUAUUCUGGUUUAGAAUCUGUAUAAUGUAUAAUGCUCAGUGGUAUUUAAACACAAAAAAAUGUAUUUCAUUUAAAUUAAGAAUCCUGCUUGUAGUAUAGUUGCACUUAGCAUAAAGCACAGGAAAGCAAAUCUUCCCUUUAAUGGAAAAGAACUGUCUGAGAGAAGGUCUUGAUUCACAGAAAUAUGUAGCCAAGGGGAAAGAUUCUUGCAUUUGGAAACUUUGCUUUUAAUAACAAGUAAGAAUGUCUUCCAAAGCUAUUCUUUAAUAUCUGCUUUUGCUGUAUCAAUCAUUAAAUUACUCCUUCCUCACUGACCAAUUCAUUGUAAUUUUCCUCUUUUUUAUUACCACGAAAUAUAAUGGCAAGAAGGAUCCUUAACCACCUCAUCACAGAGCUAACUUCCCCGAAGCCAAUGCCUUCUUGGCGUUCGUUGGCGUGUGUCAGGACAGUGCUGCUGAACAGUGUGUUUGUCCAUCCAAUAACUUUGGAAAAGAAAUAAAUUUGGGGUCAAUGGCAAUGCACUCCAAAGGUUGAUGAGAUCUAUUAUAGGUUCCAAAUUGUGUAUCAUGUAAUCAACAGGAGGAGAAAUGUGACUCCAUGUUGUCACUUUUCAAGGCUAUUUUUUAUAUGAAUUAGGCCUUUUUACUUCAUUUUACUUAUACCUUUUUGUUCAUUUCCAAGUAACAUCCAAGCAGUAAUCUCCUCAUCAUUUUAAAAGACAGAGCUAGCAACCGGACAGUCAUGUGGGCUCAGUGUAAGAAUAUCAUUGAGAGCAGGCAUGACAAGCCAAAGGAAUCUCAUAAAUGACUCUAAUCUGUUGAAAAGUGACUUUUGAUAAUGUAAUGUCUUCUGUGAAUUUUUUCCCAUACUUUCUUGAGAUUUGAAGAGGAGCUGUGUUUUUUCUAACGUGCCCGACAGCUUUCAGCAGAGCAUGGCCUGGCUUGCAUUGCUAAGGCAAAAAUGUACUUGCUGCAAGAGACAACAAUAUUAGACAAUACAGUUCACAAAUAUUAAUGCUUUACAAUAUGCUAAUGAAAUGUAACACCCUAUACACUAUUUUUAAUCUAUCAAGUAUUUUUUCCCUUUUCACACUAAACAUAAGUUAUAAACAUUCGAGGAAGCCAAGAAAUCCAGGCUCUGCAAUCACUAUGAGCAUCCUGCUGUGAAAGCAUACAUGAAUGCAUUGAUCAAAAUAUGGUAAAUUCCAUAGUAUUUAAAGGCAUUAUUGAAGAAAAUAUUAAACUUUGAAUGGCACAUGAGUGAUAAAAGGAAGAUUAGGGAAAAUGUGGGACCUCUCCGGAAGGAUAACUCAAUAUUCACUACCCUGGACUUCAGGAGAGCAGGUUUUGGCUGCUUCAGGGAUCUGCAUUGUACUGUACCAUGGGAUAAAGCCCAGAGGGGAGAGGGGCCCAAUAAAGCUGUUAACAAUCGAGGAUCACCUCCUCCAAGCUCAGCAGUGAUGGAUGUCAACAAAGAAGAGCUCAGGCAAAAACACCAGGAAGUCUGCAUGGAUGAACGAAGAACUCCUGGAUAAACUUAUACACAAAAAUGAAGCCUACAGAGGGUGGGAAAAAGGGGCAAGUAGCUUGGGAGGAAUACAGAGAAAUUGUCUGAUCAGUCAGGGAUCGGGUUAGGAAAGCUAAAGCCUGGAUAGAAUCAAACCUGGCCAAGGAUGUCGAUUGCACAAGAAAAGCUUCUUUAGGUAUGUUGGCAAUGAAAGGAAGACUAGAGAGAAUGUGGGCCCCCUCCAGAAGG